AUGAAUGCAGAGGAGGAAGUGAAAGCUGUUGAAACUAUAUCCCCAGUUGUGACAGAAAAUGAUGAAAAGAUUCAAGAAGCUCUAAAAGAUCCAACGAAGAAACGUAAAGCAGAAGAUGAAAUUGAAAUUGAUUUAAAAAGUUCAAUCCCACUGUCCAAAAAGCAAAAGCGUUUAUUGAGAAGAGGUAAAAUCACAUUAGAGGAAUUAAACGCUAAAUACAAUAUCGACCCCGCUUCUAUCAACGAAUUUAAAACUGAAAGUGUGUCGGAAAAUGGUAAUGAAGAUGCACCUGGUAAGGAGUCCGCUGAUAAACCAAAGGAGGAGAAAUUUGGUGUUUGGAUUGGUAAUUUAUCCUUCGAUACAACAAGAGAAGAUUUGAUGAGGUUCAUUCUUGGAAAGACUAAACAAAAUGAAGAUUCAGAGAAGGUUGUUGAAGAAAAAGAUAUAGUAAGAUUCAAAUUGCCAUUAGCGAAUAAUGAUGGUAAGAAAAUCAAAAAUAAAGGUUUCUGCUACAUCGAUUUCAGUACUGAACAGAAAAUGAAAGCAGUAUUAGAAUUAAAUGAAAAUCAAUUAAACGGUAGAAAUCUUUUAAUUAAAAACUCAAAAAAUUUUGAAGGUAGACCAGAUAAGAAUGAUUUAGUUUCCAUGUCUAAGAAUCCUCCUUCCAGAAUUUUGUUCGUUGGUAAUUUAUCUUUUGAUACUACUGAUGAAGUCUUGAAAAAGCAUUUCCAGCAUUGCGGUGAAAUUAUUAAAAUACGUAUGGCAACAUUUCAAGAUAGUGGUAAAUGUAAAGGUUUUGCGUUUGUCGAUUUCAAAUCUGAAGAAGGAGCAACAAAUGCGUUAAAAGAUAAAACAUGUAGAAGAAUUGCAUCUAGACCUAUUAGAAUGGAAUACGGUGAAGAUAGAAGUAAGAGACAAGUCAUCAGAAAGAAACCAAUGGAAGAACAAAAAUCAUUUGAUCUUCCAGCUGCAACCAAGGAAACCCACUCAAAACCUGUUGAAAAGAAACCAUUCAAACCUAGAAAUAAUAGAAACAAAAUGAUGGAUUCGAACAAUCGUGUCAAGAGUAGUGUCGCAUUAGCUGGUGCACAGAGGGCUUCCGCCGCCAUUGUGCCAUCUCAAGGUAAGAAAGUCAAAUUCGACUAA